AUGCACUAUUUUCAGAGCCGGGCAUCGGUGCUGGACCGCCUGCCGGCGGCGGCGCGCGGCCCUCUGCACGGCCUUCCCUUCAGCGUGAAGGACUGCGUCGACCUGGAGGGCUACGACUCAACAGCCGGGCUGGCCAAGCACCUGGGCCAGCCGGCGUCGCGCUCGGCGCCUGUCGUGCAGACGCUCAUCGACCUGGGCGGCGUGCCCUUCUGCAAGACCAAUGUCCCACAGACCAUGAUCAGCUUCGGUUGCAGUAACCCGGUUUGGGGCGUCACGACCAACAUCUACGACGGCCGCUGCGUCGGUCUGCGCGCGGUGCUGCCGGCCACGUUCGGAGGGCGGAGCACGACUUACGCGCCACAGUCGGCUUUCUCAGACGCCUAA